UCAGCUUCCGGUAAUGUAACGUCAAGAGUGUUGUCAAAAUGGCAGGACACGACCAUCACCACAAUUUAUCUCUGUGUUUCUGCGAUUUAAUGAGGUUGCUGUGGUCCUUGGUUGUGCCCUGCGCCUACCUCAGCCUGCUCCUGACCCUUCUGCUGUUGCUGCUCCUGCUGGGACUCCGCAUGUGGCUGCAGGGCCGCCAGAAAGCCCGCCGGGCUCAGGAUGGCGGCCCGGCGGUGGCUUUCUUCCACCCGUACUGCAACGCUGGAGGAGGCGGGGAGCGGGUCCUGUGGUGCUCCCUGAGGGCCCUCAUGCACCGGUACCCUGGCGUCUCGUUUGUGGUUUACACAGGUGAUCAGGGAGUGACUGGUGAGCAGAUUCUUGAGGGAGCCAGCCAGCGAUUCAACAUCACCCUGCCUCGGCCAGUCACCUUCAUCUUCCUGCAUCACCGCACGCUAGUGGAGGCCACUUCUUACCCUCACUUCACCCUGCUGGGCCAGAGUGCCGGCUCCAUGUUCCUUGGCUGGGAGGCGCUGAUGGCUUUUGUUCCUGACCUGUACGUGGACUCAAUGGGCUAUGCCUUCACACUGCCAAUCUUCCGCUACCUGGGAGGCUGUAAGGUGGCAAGCUAUGUUCACUAUCCCACAGUCAGCACCGACAUGCUGUCUGUGGUCAGAGAGAGGAACCCCAGGUUUAACAACGCUGACUUCAUCUCUAGAAACCCUGUGCUGAGUGCAGUCAAGGUGGUGUACUACUGCUGCUUCGCCCUGCUGUAUGGCCUGGCCGGCUCCUGCAGUGAUGUCAUCAUGGUGAAUUCCACCUGGACGCUGGGACACAUACUGGCUUUGUGGCGCUCCCCCAGCCGCACCAGCAUCGUCUACCCGCCCUGCGAUGUAAGAGCCUUCCUGGAUGUCCCACUAGAUGAAGAAGAUGAAGAGGAAAUGGAAGAGGGCUGGGAGGAGCUUGGACGAGAGCUGGGGAGUGAAGAGGAAGCAGGAGGAGACAGGAAGUGUCACUCCAUCGUGUCAGUGGGUCAGUUCCGGCCUGAGAAGGACCACCGGCUGCAGAUCAGGGCAUUUCGCAAACUGCUGGAUAGGAGAGGAGAGGGGCCCGGAGGGCGGGAGUCCCUGAGGCUGGUGCUGAUUGGUGGGUGCAGGAACCAGGAGGACGAGGAGAGGGUGCUGAUGCUGCGGGGACUCUGCCAGGAGCUGGCUGUGGAAGACCGUGUUGACUUCAAACUCAACGUGCCCUUUGAGGAGCUGAAGAGAGAGCUGGUGGAUGCCACUAUCGGUCUACACACCAUGUGGAACGAACACUUUGGCAUAGGUGUGGUGGAGUGUAUGGCUGCAGGCACCAUUGUUCUCGCCCACAAGUCCGGUGGUCCAAAGCUGGACAUCGUGGUGCCGUAUGAGGAUGGACAGACGGGCUUCCUGGCUGACAGUGAGGACAGUUAUGCUGCUGCCAUGGAAACCAUCCUGACGUUGUCACCAGCAGCUAGACUGGAGAUCCGACGUAACGCCCGGCGCUCCGUGGAGCGAUUCUCUGACCAGGAGUUUGAGGUCUGUUUCCUCGCCGCGAUGGAGUCUCUGAUGAGUAAAUUGGAGCGAUGAGGACGCAGAGCUUUAUUGGUCUUUUUUUUGUUAAACCCACAUAUGGAGUGGAGCAGUGAGGGUCAUAUCUAUGCUUUUAUUACACACUAUUAUUAUAAGUGUGACACAGUGCCUCAUUCGCAAUUAAAAGUCACCAGACAGAGACAUGGAGGAGCAACAAAGAUGAAGUUUUGUACCAUCUAGUAGGAAAUC